AACAUCAUCCUUUUUCUUCUGAGGCCAACAGAAAAUCCCAUAAAAGGAAAAUAAGAAGCAGGACGAAGCAUUCUUUUCCAUAUCAUUAAUUAGCCGAAAAAUAGAAGAAAAAAAAUGAGUUCAGUUGGAUUCAGAAAACCUCAUGCAGUAUGUGUCCCAUAUCCAUCACAGGGUCAUGUUACCCCUAUGAUGCAACUUGCCAAGCUUUUGCAUUCAAGAGGAUUUCACAUAACCUUUGUCAACACAGAUUUCAACCAUACCCGUCUGAUCCGGUCUAGAGGACCGGAUUCCGUUAAGGGUCUGCCGGAUUUCCGAUUUGAGACCAUACCAGAUGGGCUGCCGCCCUCUACUUUUGAUGCUACACAAGAUGUUCCAUCCUUGUGUGAUUCAACAAGAAAAAAUUGUUUGGCUCCAUUUAAGGAACUAGUAAGCAAGUUGAAUUCAUCACCAUCAACUGAAGUGCCCCCAGUUAGCUGCAUAAUUUCAGAUGGAGUUAUGAGUUUUGGCAUUAAAGCUGCAGAGGACUUGAGCAUUCCACAGGUUCAGUUUUGGACUGCCUCAGCUUGCAGCUUCAUGGCAUAUUUACACUACAAUGAGCUCGAAAGAAGAGGCAUCAUGCCGUACAAAGAUUUCCUGAAUGAUGGCAUUAGUGAUACCCCAAUUGACUGGAUCUCUGGCAUGACUAACAUCCGACUGAAGGAUAUGCCACUAUUCACUAAGACCUCAAAUGAUGAAAUAAUGUAUGAUUUCAUGGGAUCAGAAGCAUGGAACUGCUUGAACUCAUCUGCAAUUAUCUUCAACACAUUUGAUGAGUUUGAAUAUGAAGUUUUAGAAGCUAUAACUGCAGAUAAGUUCCCACGCAAGAUUUACACAAUAGGUCCACUAAACUUGCUUGCAGGGGACAUAUCAGAAAGUAAAUCCAAGUCAUUUGCAUCAAGUUUAUGGAAAGAAGACUCGAACUGUCUUGAGUGGCUUGAUAAAAGAGAAGUUAAGUCUGUUGUGUAUGUAAACUAUGGAAGUGUAACUACCAUGACAGCAGGACACUUGAAAGAAUUUGCAUGGGGCCUUGCUAAUAGCAAACACCCAUUUUUGUGGAUAAUAAGGCAAGAUAUAGUAAUGGGUGACUCUGCAAUCUUGUCCCAGGAAUUUAUUGAGGAGAUCAAGGACAGAGGAUUCCUAGCAAGUUGGUGUCAGCAAGAUCAAGUGCUUGCACAUCCAUCAGUUGGUGUUUUCCUGACACACUGUGGAUGGAAUUCUACAAUGGAAGCUGUUAGUCAUGGCGUGCCUAUAAUCUGCUGGCCGUUUUUCGCUGAUCAACAGACUAACUGCAGAUAUGCAUGCACUAAAUGGGGGAAUGGUAUGGAGGUCAAUCAUGAUGUAAAGAGAAAAGAAAUUGAAGGUCUUGUUAAGGAAAUGAUGGAAGGGGAUGAUGGGAAGCGUAAGAGGGAAAAAGCAUUGGAGUGGAGAAGAAAAGCAGAAGAAGCUACAAGCGUCGGAGGAUCAUCUUACAAUAACUUCAGUAGAUUCAUUAAGGAGGCUCUCCAUUGUGAUGAGCAACUUGUAGAAUGAACUCGAAGUACUGUAAGAAUGAGGGACACUAUUACUGGGUAUUAAUUCUAUGUUCAUUAAUUAUGUUUAGGUCUACACAUUAUUUAAUGAAUAAAGCUGCGGUAAUCAUUCUAGGAUA